AUGUCCGAGGGCAAAGCCAGAAAGGAAGCUCCUACUGCUGCCUCAGCUGAGUGCCCUGUAUGUUACGAGACAUUCCAGUCUCCAGCAGUAUCUCGUCGGAUACUGAGCUGCGGGCACACCUUUUGCCAUGACUGUUUGGUGAAGUGUUUUCUCGCUUCACAGGCCAAUGGCCGGCUCCAGAAUGGCCUUGUGUGCCCCAUCUGUCGCUUCAUCACUUUGCUCUGCCGAAAGAGGACCUGCUGGCAUUCCAAGCCAGACCCAAACACUCACUCACUAGAAUUGCCACUCUCACCCUCCUCGUUACCCUGUGGAGUGCCUUUGGGGUCUACAAACACUUUGGUGGUACCUGGCCAUUUCCUUCAACUUCAUGGGUAUAACGGCCGCUGGAGCAUGUGUGGCUGCCCGAAUAUGGACUCAAUGGUGUUUCCUCCUGGCUUGGAGCAGGAACCCAGCAUUUUCAUUAUCAGUCAGUGUGGAAUGCCACUGAUUGAAGAGAACUAUGGUCCCGUGGCUCAAGACACCCGCGUGGAAGUUCCAGGAUCAGUGGAGUCCCAGAGUUCUCUAGGGAUCGGCUGCUUCCGGUCACCCAUCAUGUUGGCAAUUUUCCUUGUCUCUGCUGUUGCUCUGUUGGGGGCUGUGCUCCCUUGGCUGUUACUUGUGAAGAAGAAUGAAUGA